AUGGAAGCAGCGCCUCACGCCGGUCUGUUCGACGGCGGCCAGAAGGCUGCGGAGAAGUACGUCGAGGAGACGCAGGGGCUCGCGAACAAGGCGCUCGCGGUGGUGAGCAUGGAGCGCGGGGACCCGAACACCGAGGCGGCCGUCGCGGACGUGCGGAAGGACAUCAACGCCUACGUGUCGAAGUACAGGCGUGACGAGCGCUUCAGCGGCAAGCCGUCGUUUAGCAACCUGUACUCGGCCGUGAACGCCAUGGCCGGGCACUACAACUCGUUCGGCGCGGACGCCCCGAUCCCCAAGAAGCGCCUGGAGCGCGUCAAGCAGGAGCUGGUGCUGUCGGCCAAGUUCGCCAAGCAGGGCCGCUAA